AAAGAAUUUAUUCCUAAGGCAGGUUGUAACGCAGUUCGUGCUUCCCCGGCAGGAAUGAGUACAAGUACUUCCAGAGAAUGACGAGCACGACCCGCGUGGAAGGUAAACAGAAUGCAGUGAUAAUGGGUAAAAAAACGUGGUUCUCCAUUCCUGAGAAGAACCGUCCUUUAAAAGACAGAAUUAAUAUUGUGCUCAGCAGGGAGCUCAAGGAAGCCCCGAAAGGAGCACAUUAUCUUUCCAAAAGUCUGGAUGAUGCUUUAGCUCUUUUGGAUUCACCAGAGUUAAAAAGUAAAGUAGACAUGGUUUGGAUCGUGGGAGGCACUUCAGUGUACAAGGCAGCAAUGGAGAAGCCAAUUCAUCAUCGAUUGUUUGUGACAAGAAUCUUGAAAGAAUUUGAAAGUGACACAUUUUUUCCAGAAAUUGACCAUAAAGUCUACAAGCUUCUGGCAGAGUACCCAGGUGUCCCUGCUGAUAUCCAAGAAGAGAAUGGGAUUCAAUACAAAUUUGAAGUGUAUGAGAAAACUGUUGUGCCACAAUAAGGGAGGCAUUUUGUACUUCUGUGUAAGGGCAGGUAUUUUAAAUCAUAAAGUUUUACUGAGUGUAAAGAUACAUUAAAAUUUUGAAGAAAAUCA